CACCCAAAAAAUGUCUUCCCCCACCAUGUUUGUGAUGUUCAUGAUCUUAGCCUCAUUCUUCCUUCUCUCAAUCAGUGCCCAUUUCACUCCUUGUAGUGAGCCUUUCUUAAAUGUAAGCCAGAGAAAGAACUUUACAUACUGCAAGAAAUUAACCACUCUUGAGGCUGAAUUUGCCUGGCGAAUCAACAAUGAGCAGCAGAUAGAAAUUCUCUUCGGCACGAGACUACAUACAGGAUUUGGAUGGCUAGCCUGGGGGGUCAAUCCAGGCGAGAUGCCACAGAUGGUUGGAACCAGGGCAAUGAUAGGUAUUUGGAACUCAGAUGGAUCAACAUUCAUCACUACCUACAAUAUCACAAGCGAUACCAAGAUGGGUUGCAAGCUGAAACCUGAAAAAAUGGAUGAAAAAGUGCAGAAUGAAGUGGGGUUUCAUAACAUGUCAAUGGAAAUUAUAAAUGAAUUAGACUACUUCGCAAUACAGGCUAGAGUGAUUCUUCCACCUGCUGCAUACAAUAUUUCAAAGUUGAACCAUGUCUGGCAAAUUGGAGAUGAGGCAGAAGGCACGGAGCCUAAGAUGCAUGCCAAAACCCUGCAGAACGUUGAUAGUACAGAGACUAUAAAUUUGUGGGCUAGAGAUGAGGCUCAUCAUGUUGGCGAGCAUGAAAAUUACUUGCGAACAGUGCAUGGCAUCUUAAACAUUGUGGGAUGGGGAACAUUGCUUCCAUCUGGUGUGAUUAUAGCGAGAUAUUUCAAAUAUCCAUUGGAAAAUUUUCAUGACUGGCGGAUUCCUCUUCAUGUCUCCUGUCAAAUUAUUGGCUACAUUCUUGGAACUUCUGGGUGGAUACUUGGAUUGGUUCUUGGAAAUCUUUCCAAAUUCUAUAUCUUUAAAACCCACCGCCUUUAUUCCAUUUUCAUUUUCACAUUUACAACGUUACAAAUGUUGGCGUUACGUUUAAAACCGGAGGAGGAUGACGAGUACAGGAAAUUCUGGAAUAUGUACCAUCAUUUUCUGGGUUAUGCACUGCUUGCUGUGAUCUCAAUAAACAUAUUUCAUGGAAUUAAUAUCUUGAAGCCAAACGAUACUUGGAGACAGGCUUACAUUGGAAUCCUUAUAUCUCUUGGGGCCAUUGUCACAGUUCUUGAGAUCUACACUUGGACUAAAUUUAAACGCAGCCCUAAACCAACUGCUUCUGCACAGGCUGGAAUUAGUGCUACCGGUCUAGAAGUUCCACAACCACGUCCAUGAUAGAGAGAGAAUGCUGCAAUAUUCGCCUGUCCUGAAGUCUGGAUUAGUUUACUUUUUUUUUGUUCCCUCUGUUUUUGGAAAAGAAUAUUUUUAUUCCUUUCUUCUUUUUCUUUCUUUCCUGGGCUUGGAUUUACAGUUGUAGGAUCAAUUGCUUUAUUUCGUUUUCUUUUUGCCCUUUUUAAGUUAUGAUUAAUGUUGUACUUUCGGAAGAACCUCUCCUCAAUGACGAUUGAUUCAAAUAUGGAUGAACGUCAUUUUUACGAAAGGAAAUCGUAACUUUUUGUUGAAAAAGUUGCAUCAUCAUUUUCCUGGUUCAUAGACAUGCUCCAAGAAAACAAGCAUAUC